CUGGGAGCUUGUUCCAAAUAUUUGGUGCAAAAGCCACAUCGCACCGUCAAAUUGCGAAUACAAAUCAUGUGUGUAAACAUCCAUCGUACAAAUUAACAGGAGUUCCUUAAACGCACCAGAGCACUGUUGUCUGUAACGUGUGUCCACAGUGUCCACAGACAGCUGGUCCACAGGGGACAGUCCGUGAUUGCCUCGUCUGCCAUAGCUGGAGUUGGUGGAGAAACAUGGACCCGCUUCUCUGGACAGUGUAGUAUGGAAAGCGAAAGCAGCAGCAGCAGAGUCCAGAGAGGUGUGGUGGUGACUAACUGCUUGAGGGGCUGAUGGAAGUGGAGCAGAGAUGCUUUGGCUGUCAUGACUGCUCUCAUCCUGAUGCUCGCAUGGCUGCCUCACGUCCUGCUAGUUAUGAGUGAAGUCCCCCAGCCUGUCAACGAUUCCCUGAACUCACGCCAUUUCAGUCAUGUGCUGAAAUGGGAGCCUGGACCAAGGACACCCCCAGGAGUCUACUACCGUGUCACUGUUCAUACAGAAACGGGAACUUCCAGGGUGCCAGUGGAUGGCUGUGAGCAUGUCCAGCACCCGCUGGUCUGCAACCUGACAGAGGCCUUCUCCAACCCGAGAGAGGUCUACUUCACCCAGAUCACAGCACUGCUGGAAGCAGAGGAGUCACAACCAGUCUUCCGCGAAGGAUUUAGACCCAUCAGAGACACUGACCUGGACCUGCCGCUGCUGACUGUGGCACUCUGUGGUGUGGAUUUGUGUGUGGACAUGGAGCCUCCCAUGGAGCACCUUAGAGAGAUCUACGAUUCUCUGCAUUACACUCUCAAGAUCAAGAGCGACAAUGCAGACAAAGCCCAGUUUUUUAAGGACACCACGUCUCUCAGAAGAGAGAUUUUUAAGGAUCUGGUCUCUGGCAGACAGUACUGUGUCUCAGUCCGCUUCUCAGACAGCUUGGCGCAGAGGGAGUCCAACUACAGCCGACCUGUAUGUGCCGUCCCUCCCGGCCUCUAUACUGCAGAACCGUGGAUCUCAGCCGUCAUGUGUUUGUUGGUGAUAUCUGGUGUGGUGGUCGGGGUCCUGCUGGUCUAUACUGGUUUCACCAGUCUGACGAGGAGUCCGCUGCCAUCAGUCCUGACAUCCAUCCAUCACAUAGAAGAGGCUCUCGCUGUUCCGUCCCGCAACACGUCCUUGUCUUCUCUCUUGAAUCUCAAGCCAACACCGCCCUCUUCAGGUGAAAAGGGGAGCGACCAGUCAUCAGACGAGAGCGACGGGGAGAGUGAAACGGAGAUCACUGGUGGGAGCAGACGAGGGGGAGGAGAUUAUAAACUGCAAAAGGGCACUAACCUCCUCUCUUCUUCCUCCUCUUCAUCUUCAUCAUCUUUGUCAGCUCCUUUAGCCCCGAAGCCUGAAUCGCCCAGCUUCUCCUCAAACCAAAAAACAUCAGACGUCUUCAGUACCCGGCCUUCUGAACUCUCGACGUUAACAGAGACACAUUCCGAUGCUGCACACACCAUCUCACACUCUGAUUCUCUACCGAUAUCAAACCGGCGCUCAGACCCCUGUCCUGCAGACACAGACGGUUUGGCUGUCGGAAGAAUCCAGCCAAAGAAGGAGGAGGAGAAGAAGUUGAUGGGAGAGGAGGACAGACAGGAUGUCGACCUCCUCACGUUAACCUUCAGCGGGCUGGGGGAGGAUGAGGAGGAGGAGGAGGAGGAGGAGGAGGAGGAGGAGCCAGAGUCUUCCUCUGCUUCAGAGGUGUACAACACCAUUCCAACCCUGCCAUCACCAACUAGGGACACCAAGGAAGUUGCCAUAGAAACUGUCUCCUGCUCUGUUGAUGAAGAGGAGGAGGAGGAGGAGGAGGAGGAAGAGCACUCUGGAUAUAUGGGGCGUGUAGUUCCCACUAUGUGUGAGGGCUGUUGGGGGAAUUUUGGGGAUCAGAGAAAGUCGUUGACUAAAGUAGAAGUAGUCCAGGUAGAGAGGAACCAGGUAGUUGUGUGCUCAAACCCAAAAACGAGCCUUAUCUUGCAGCAAGACUUCUUUACUGCAAGACGUGACACAGUCUAUGGAGGGACGAUGGGGUUGUGGAGGCUUCUUCUUCUUCUGCAUGUACACCUUGGUAAUGCUCCCUGGAUUGAAGUGGUUUCCCUCCCCGCACCUUCCAACGUCUCCAUCUCCUCCUUCAACAUGGAGCAUACACUCAGCUUCCUGCCUGGCCCCGAGACCCCUUCCGACACCCACUUCAACGUUCAAAUCCUCCGCCCCAGGAAGAACUUGUGGAAACCAGUAGCUGCUUGUUCGGAGCUGACGGCCGGACAGACGUGUGACCUGACCCGAGUGUUCAAGGACCCGUACGAUCACUACCGAGCCCGCGUCCAGGCCUUCACAGCCACCCAGACGUCCAACUGGACCAUGUCUGGGCACUUUCAGCCUCUGUCAGACACCGUGUUGGGACCUCCUGAUGUGUCCGUGUCCGGCUGUGGGAACUGUUUGCUCCUGCAGCUCAGUAUUCCAACAACGAGGACACACCAGCAGCUGAAAGACUUCUACAGAGGAGUCGUCAUCCAUGUGCAAAGGACCAGGGAUGGUACGCAGUUCAGACUCAAUUUGCCUUACAAAGAGGAGAACACGAUCACGUACCUUCAGCCAGGUGUGGAAUACUGUGUGACCGUCUCUGUGAAAUCACCCUUCAACUCUAACCCCGUCUCCAGUAAACCUCACUGUGCCUUCACCAGCCCUACUCCAUCCAGAAGCGAACUGUACGUGGCCUUCAGCCUGCUGGCUGUGUUCUGUGCUCUGGGGUUUCUCCUGAUUGGACUGGUUGUCAGCGGUCAGCUAAGCUUUGCGUUACUACGACGAUGCCUACGCAGAACUCUGUCAUACAUCCUCCACCUGUGCCAGAAUCGGGUAAAUGCACCCAUUGAACUCUCAGGUCAGAUCUCAGGCACGCAGCGACAUAAAGAAAGCUCCGCUGACUGCCUUCUGACUACCCACAGGCCUGCUCGACCACCGAGGAGCAUCUCUGAGGAGGGAGAAAAAGACUGCGGAGAGGCUGUGAAAUCUAACAUGGAAAUGGAAGUGUUGGGGAGGGACAGGACGUGAGCUAGAGAGACUAGAAGAGCUUGUCUAGGCAGAGUUGAUUUGGCUGACUGGUUUUGAGAUGUUUUUAAAGUUUAUGGUUUACUAUCCGAAUUUUUGUAAAUUUUUAUAAUCCUGUUUCUAUGUCAAUAUUUCUAAUUUCCUCUUCCUCUUUCUAAAUUUGUUUGAGGUUGAUGAAGUUGCUGU